GGGUCCGACCCGCACGUACGGUGUGCCUCCGUGCCGCCCCAAAUUUAAAUGCAUCAUUAUUAUUCUGGGAAAAGUGAAAUUAAAUAAGAAAUAAAUGAGAGGUGGUCGCUCUGGAAACCACCUCAUCUCAAUGGUACAUUAUUGAAAAAUUAAAGAAACUGAAAAUAUAGAGAUAUAUAGAGAGAGUAAAUCUGUGAACUGAAGAAUGGCGGCGCCGGUGAAAGUGUACGGUCCUCCGUUCUCCACCGCCGUGGCAAGGGUGAUGGUGACUCUCAUCGAGAAAGAUGUCCCAUUUCAGCUCCUCCCUGUUAACAUGGCCAAAGCUGAACACAAGAAGCCCGACUACCUCAAGCUUCAGCCAUUUGGACAAGUACCAGCAUUUCAAGAUGGGGAUGGGAGCAUUACUAUCUUCGAAUCCAGAGCCAUAUCAAGAUACGUUUGUGAUAAAUAUGCAAACCAAGGGAACAAAGGACUCUUUGGAACAAAUCCAUUGGAGAAGGCAUCAAUUGAUCAAUGGCUAGAGGCUGAAGGGCAAAACUUCAGUCCACCAAGCUCGAUCCUCGUCUUCCAACUAACCUUUGCCCCGAGGAUGAAGAUCAAGCAAGACCAGAAUUUGAUCAAGCAGAACGAAGCUAAGCUUGCCCGCGUGCUGGAUGUGUACGAUAAGAGGUUGAAUGAGAGUAGGUACUUGGCCGGUGAUGACUUCACCCUCGCGGAUCUUUCUCACCUACCCAAUGCGCACUACUUGAAUGGGACUGACGUGGGGGAGCUCUUUAGGUCGAGGAAGAACGUCGAGAGAUGGUGGGCCGAGGUUUCAAGCCGAGAGUCAUGGAAGAAGGUGGUUGAGAUGCAGAGGUCACCAGCUCCAACAACUUCUUGAAAACUUGGUUUUUCAUGCUGUUACUAAAUGUUGCUGCUGGCAUGGUGGUUUGGUUUUUGGACCAACUGGCUCAAUAAGUGUUGUUCUUUACCUAAUAAAAUGAUGUAUUUCCUAAUCUCCAUUUGAAUCUUAUUGUUGUUGUCAAAUCUUUUUUUAUAUUUUAGCUAUUUUCCACAUUGGUUUUUUGAUUAA